AUCUGGCGUGUAGAAAGCAGCGGUAGGGUCCCAGUUGACCCAGAUUCUUAUGGUGAGUUCUAUGGUGGCGACUGCUACAUCAUCCUCUACACUUACCCCAGAGGACAGCUCAUCUACACGUGGCAAGGAGCAAAUGCCACAAGAGACGAGCUGACAACAUCUGCAUUCCUGACGGUUCAGCUGGAUCGUUCCCUCGGAGGACAGGCUGUGCAGAUUCGAGUCUCCCAAGGCAAAGAGCCUGCUCACCUGCUGAGUUUAUUCAAAGACAAACCACUCAUUAUUUACAAGAAUGGAACAUCGAGAAAAGGAGGUCAGGCACCCGCUCCCCCUGUGCGCCUCUUUCAAGUCCGGAGAAACCUGGCAUCCAUCACUAGGAUUGUGGAGGUUGAUGUUGAUGCAAAUUCCUUGAACUCCAACGACGUUUUUGUCCUGAAGCUGAAACAGAACAAUGGCUACAUGUGGAUUGGAAAAGGUUCCAGCCAGGACGAGGAGAAGGGCGCGGAGCAUGUGGCCAGCGUCCUCAAGUGCAGCACCACCAGGAUUCAGGAAGGCAGUGAGCCAGAGGAGUUUUGGGAUGCUCUUGGAGGGCAAAAGGAUUACCAGACCUCACCCCUGCUGGAGACACAGGCUGAAGACCACCCACCUCGGCUUUAUGGCUGUUCUAACAAAACUGGAAGAUUCAUUAUUGAGGAGGUUCCGGGAGAGUUCACCCAGAAUGAUUUAGCGGAAGAUGAUGUCAUGCUACUUGAUGCUUGGGAGCAGAUAUUCAUUUGGAUCGGCAAAGAUGCCAAUGAAGUGGAGAAAACUGAAUCUCUCAAGUCUGCCAAAAUGUACCUUGAGACAGACCCUUCUGGAAGAGAUAAGAGGACACCCAUCGUCAUCGUGAAGCAGGGCUAUGAGCCACCCACAUUCACAGGCUGGUUUCUGGGCUGGGACUCCAGCAGGUGGUAAACCCAGCCUGAGGAGGCAGCUCUGCCCAAGCUGGGAGAGGUGAAGGGUCUUUUUGUUUAUUUAGCUUUAGAUAAUUGACCUCAGCUAAAUGGCUAUUUUUAAAAUGUCUAGUAUUGGUUUGCAAUUCAUUUUAGACUGGAAUUUUCUUAUGCUAUUAAGUUAAAAUAAGCCAAAGCAAGCUUCUCUUAUGGACCAAUAUCACCUUUUCCAGAAACUGAUGUAUGUCUUUUUUAUAU